AUGGACAAUCCCGUCGUCCGGGCACCCCCGACGGUUCUGUCCCCGCUGAGUCCGCCGCCGUCCACGCCCAGGAAGCCGAGGACACCGGGACGUCCUCCGAGCCCGCGGGUCGAGCCACCGACAACUCCGGACCGGCCUCCGGGUCUACCGACCGAGUCAGCGAAGCGUCCCCGCUCGCCGGAACCUCCGCAGGGCGCGCUUGCCAGUCCCCGGCAAUCCACGGAGUCCAGCAAGCGUUCCAGAACCCCGGAGCGCUUCCGGGAUCUCCGGGCCAAACGGAUCGUCCGGCCCAACGAUCCGGUCAAUAUCCUCGGAGCAUCUCAACCCGCUCCUCCAGGCCCGGCUCAGAAAGCUAUUCGACAGCGAUAA